AUGGAACCAGAGGCUGAAGACCCAGACAACAAUGAUAACUUGGUCCCUUGGUCAGGUUCAGAUGGUUCCCAGGAACUCUGUGUCUCUGAGUCCCUGGCAGAGUCCUACAAUGAGGAUGAUAUCAGUGAUGAGUUCCCUUUAGACCCACAGCCUCCUCAUAUUCCCAAGUCUGAGUCCCCAGAACGCCUUCAGUCACAAGACUGGGAAUCUGCAGGUGAGCAACAGUCCCUGCCUGAACUAAGUGGAAGUGAAGAGGAUGUUUCAUACCAAGAGGAGGAUGACAUCUACCUUAGUGAAUCAAGAGAGUCCAUUUCAGAGUCACCUCACAUCCAAACCUCACCCGUCUCACUGUCCCCACACCCAGAGCGCCCUGACUCCAGGCCUCCCGCUGGCCAGAUAUCACGACUGCAUUCCCUGUCAUCUUCUUCCUCUCUUGGCUGUGCCGCUGACAUGACCCUGGCCUUGACCCUGACCACAGAAGAGCCACUGGGAGCCAGUAAUAGGCAGGACUCAGGGACUGGGAACAGGAGGGUUGAAUCUUCAGAGGAAGGAGGGAGUGGUGAAGCACCUCCUGCUUCUGUCUUCUUUGAAAUUCCAGACGAGGGUGCUGAGCAGGCAGAGAAGUGGAACUCGGAGUCUGACACAGAUCUGUGCAGACCCGACCGGCACAGGGCAAGGCACACACGGCUCAGCCACAACGAGAGCCAAUCAGAAAAGCAUGUCAAGGAGACCAAGUCUAAAUGUAAACGAAUUGCUCGGCUCUUAACUGAUGCACCCAAUCCUCAAAAUAAGGGAGCCUUGCUGUUUAAAAAACGGCGCCAGAGGGUGAAGAAGUAUACACUUGUGAGUUACGGGACUGGUGAUAAGCUUGACAGCGAAGACCAAAUAGAGGAGGAAACUGAAGAAGUCAGAUCAGCUGGGUAUAACUUUGUGGCAACAAGUGAUUCUGAGUUAGAGGAGGAGUAUUCUGUUUAUCACCAGCAGCAUAAUUUAAGUCUGAAUUGGGGAAGUGUUCGAGAAAUGGAAGCACUACCAGAGACAAAAGGGAAGGGAGUUUUGAUGUUUGCCCAACGCCGCAAACGGAUGGAUGAAAUUGUGUCAGAGCAAGAAGAACUGAGGAGUAAAGAAUUACCUGCAGAGGAAUUAACAGAACCUGAAUGUACAGAAGCACCGAAUAUUUAUGACACUAAGCAAAUGUACAUGCAUGCUGAUCAGGCCAACUACAUGGAUGCGAGUCACAGGCAGCAUGUAGAUUACCAAGAAAAUAUUCAACAGAUGAACCACCUAGUUGAUGUGCCAAAACCAUUGGUGCCAAACAGAACUGCGAAGCCCUUCCUAGGAUUUCAAGAUGGCACGACUGCUCAUGUCAUGCCUGGUGGCGUUGUUCCAGUGACAAAGAGGAACGAACCGAGAUUCAUAGUACCUGUGCCUAUUAACACGAACCCACAGGUCUGGUCCCCAACUGGAGACAUCAUAGCCUCAAGAGAUGAGCGAAUAUCUGUACCAGCGAUCAAGACCGGCAUCCUACUAGAGUCAAAAAGAAAAGCUCCUAUCAAACAGCUGGCGCAAGAAUCAAAUCCUCACCUUCAAAGCAAAGGGGACAGGAGGUCUUAUAUUGAGUCAGAAGAAGACUGUUUUAGUCUUGGUGCAGAAGCUUGUAACUUUAUGCAACCAAGAACAAUUAAACUCAAGAAUCCCCCUCCAGUUGCCCCAAAACCUACCAUCAAUCCAUCCUGCCCACCUUGGAUGGGGAGGAGUCCCUCUGGUGAACCAUAUAUUCCACCAAGAAGUCCGGUUUCACAACCCUCUCACAGUUCCGCAGGGCCUCAUAGUCAGCAUUACUUACAACAGCAAGAUUGGGCUCAGCCUCAGCAGGUGGCCAACCAGUGGGCACCAGAUCAAACCCGAGCACAACUUCAAACACCUGUCAAUGCCUGGGCUCCGGUCAACUCCUCUUCUCAGCUUCAUCUUCAGCCAACCGCAAAUAGCUGGAAUCAACAGCCGCCACGAUCCCCUGUGAGUAUGCAGGCCCACAGUCCUACUUACAGCCCACAUCACCCACCUUCACCCUCAAGGAAUAAGUCAGGCAGUGUUCCCAACUCAGUCGCCUCUUGCCCACCACAAGCAGGGAAGUCAUACAUCCACGCAUCAAAAGCAUCGCAGGCUUCUCCAAAGGGUCGAGUCUCAGACAGAGGUAUUAAUCGGGCUGGUGAUGGUUCAACUAUGGCGGGAAGAGGUGCGGAGUUGUUUGCCAGGAGACAGUCCCGUAUGGAGAAGUUUGUUGUCGAUGCUGAAUCAGUGCAAGCUAACAAAACCAGAUCUCCCUCCCCAACCGCGUCCCUCCCUAACUACUGGAGGUAUUCUUCAAUUGUUCGUGCCCCCCCGCCUUUAUCAUACAAUCCCCUUCUUGCUCCUUUCUACCCUCCAUCAGCAGCCAAGCAGCCCCCUUCGACAAGCCCCCAAAUCAAGCCCAAGACCAAAGAAAAACCUAAAGCACCCCCAAAGCACCUAAAUGCCUUAGAUAUUAUGAAACAUCAGCCUUAUCAGUUGGACUCGUCACUGUUCAAGUAUGAUGCAGUCCCUGAGGCCAAAAGCCCCAGCCCCAAACCAACUCCAGUGUCAAAGUUUGAGGUUACUAAAAACCUUAAACAUAGAGCUGCCUCCUCUCAUUCUCCUUACAAUGCCUCUGAGCUUGCUGUUCAGGGCAAGGCAGAAGCCCCUGCUAAGUCUCCUGGAAUGGUAAGUUCCCAAAAUUCUUCUGCCCACGAAAACACAAGAUCAGCUGAGCCUCUUGCAACUGACAAGCACUUGGAUGACAAGCACACUGUCACACCUGCAGCCCAUCACAUAACCAAAAAGCAAGCACCAAGCGCCCGACCCACAAGCACAUCCUCCCAGCAGUCAUCUACUGCUGACAGCAUAGCUUCAGCUUUUUCUCCUGCAUCUCUUAUUGCUAGAGGCGCACGUCAAAUGGCUCCUCGGCCAAAAUUCUCUGCAAAGAAGCCAGCAGUGACAGGCAAACAGUGGAAGCCUGUUGCUAUGCUUCAUUUGUCCUAAUACUGUAUAUGGUCAGGCUUUGGUGUAGUCAACACUGAGACGCAGUUACGUCUGUAACUUGCUAGCAUCUAAAAUGUCUUACUUAACCGGAAAUGUAUAGACCUUUGCACUGUCUAAACGUAGGCCAAUGUACGGGAAACAGGAAAAGUCAGUUGAUUGUACAGCGAAACUAGUUUAACAAUUGUGAUUAAACAAUGGAAUACAAACUAAAAUAUAAAUCAAUAACUUAGCACAUCACAUCAUCUUCCUAAAACUUGGGAGGUGCGUGUGUGUUUAAAAAGGAAAUAUGAGACUAAAUCAUGUUGAGUGAUUCUCAGGAGGUGCUUUUACAUGUGCAAUAAUGUGAGUAGAGAGCCUUGUUCAACUAAGGUCUCUAGUUUGAGUUGCUCAUCUUUCUUUAGUUCUUUUUUUUUCUUUUGUAAGAAAUAAGAUUACAUGCAUUUUUAUGUAACUGUAAUCACCACUAACCCCAAAACUACACACAGAAACAUUUAUAAAUACAUUUAUUUAUCCAAAAUAGUCAGAAUAAUUCUUAAUAAUUCUGUCAUUCGGGAUAAGAGUAACUCAAGUUUACAAUUAUAUUUGUGUAAUAUUUUGAAUUAUUUAUUUGUUGUUUGGGGAGAAAUUGUCUAUGCACUUCUUUCUUUGGAUGAAAUUCCUUCAGUCUCAUUCCAAACUUUGAUGGUAUCACAACAGCUAAAAAGCAUCAAUGUUAGUUGUGAUCAUUAACCCUGAUGACUUAAAAUGCUUUUUAUGUGGAUGUAUUUUCUGCAAUCAUCAGAUAAGACCAGUUAUUCAAUGUCAUCAGAUAUUCUGUGUCCUCAUCCUUGAUGUAAAACAUGAGCAGAAUAUCACAGGGAUUUGAGUUGAAUGUUAUUGACUCACAUAAUUAAUAGCGACUCAAAAUGAAAAUACAAAACAACUGUCUUGUUUGUCUCUGUCUUUCUGACAUAUCACUCUUUAUUGCACUUCUUGUCAUCAGCACAAUCAUGCCAUUAAAUUUCUCUUUCCUCCUACCUGA